AUGUCUUUUAUCCAAACUUCUACUGCCACCCCAUCAUUUCCAACCUUUCAAAAUGACAAUACAACACCACCUUUUUCAAGGUUACAAAAAAUUUUUGCAAAGAGAAUUCGUGCAAAAGGUUUAUUGCCUUUUCUCAAUCUAGAAAAGACAUAUUUAACGCUUGAUAAUGUUGACGAAGAAUUCGCAAAGUCUCCAAAUAAAUCAUGUCAUAAGGAACCAAAAAUCCAUCGUCCUCGACAAAAAUCAGCUGCAAAGCAUAAUCGCGUAUCACCACAAUCUCCAUUAUCGGAUUUCGUAUCAACAUCACCCGAUCAAAAUACUAGUAACCUUUUGAAUGCUUUCGGUAUUUUGAAAUCUGUACCCAACCCUCCUCCUUCUAGCCCUUCUAGCGGAACUUUCUUCGAAAAAAGAAUGAUUUUAUUUAACCCUCCUCCACCAAAUACAAUUAUACUUGAUCAGCAGUAUCACAUAAACAAACGUAAACAUUGUGGUAAAACGAUGAAAAAUAAUUUUAUUACCGUCGUCCCCACUCCAUUUGUUUUUGGUGGUUUUAAUCAUGCAUUUAUUAGCCAAGAUGAUGAAAAUGAUGAAUAUGAUGAAUGUUAUAAGGAUCUUGGUGACAUAUAUUGA